AUGGUCAACCUGAGGGUGCUCAAGACCAACAGGGCCGGGAGCAUCAUGCGCCCCAGUGGGUCUAAGGACAAGGUGGACGAGGUGAGCGCGCAGCUGGCGAAGGUCGCGACUUGGUCGUUCGGACUCGCGCUGCUCGUUUCGAUCACGGCAUCCGUCGCCAGUUCAAUGGCUCUGAAGAGCUCCUUCAAGUAUGAGAACACGAUCGACCACCUCUCGACGGAGUUUACGGAGAAGUCUGCGAGAGAAGACGAGUUUCUUAACCUUCACGGUCUGGUGCGUCUUCACUUGCCUCAGGAGAAGCUAAAAGCAGGCCGCUUAUACGUGAUCAGCCCCAGUCAGGCAGAUCUGGCAGGAGUCGAACAAGACUUGAUGCAGCUGCGCAUCAAGAUCUUGAAGAAUGUCGACUUCGGUGAUCGCUCCUUUGGAGAUGGUGACGGAGACAAUCCUGGUGGCGGAGGCCCCCCUGCUGGUGAGCAGCGCGGCGAUCAAGCCGCAGAGGACUACUUCUCUGGUCCCCACAGCCCAUUCGAUCCAGGGUUCCCUGGCGGUGAAGACCCUGCGAGCGAGGCAGCAGCAGGCGCCGCCGCGCAUGGACCCGAGAAGUUCGCUGCGAAGGUCAGGUUCUUCGACGAGCGCGCAAGGGAUGAGAGGGAGAUGCGCGCUGCCCAGGAGACGAGGUCAGAGCCAGGCAGGGAUGCCGACAAGAAGGACGCAAAGGCGGGGGACAAGGCAGCUCCUUCUGGCGGCGGCGAUGGAAGCGCUGAUCCUGCUGGAGGAGGCGACGACGCCUCGGACACCGAGAGCAGCGAGGAUGAAGAAGGAGAAGGCGACCAGAAGAAGAAGAAAACCAAGAAGGUCGAGACCGACCCCAUAGAUGCUCCGAUGUUGAAGUACCCGAAAGUCUACUACAAGAAUGUAUCUGGCCGCUUCAGUGACCAUCUGGUUGUUCAGAUACUGGCCAGUGAUCGAACGGUUUUCCAGAUGGACACCAAUCGCUUCAAGCUCACGAGCGUGUCAGAGUACCUCUUCUCGGCCAUCGCAGGGUUCGCCCUAUAG